AUGACCAACCUCGAAACCGAGCGACACCGUUUGCCGGGGGACGACAACAACACCAAGAUGUACCUCCACCCAGCUUCGAGUCCGCCAUUAACAGGCCGCGCCUGGCCCGGCUGGCUACCCUCCUUUUCCAACGAUGCUGGCGGUGGGCAUGAUGAUGGGGACCAUCCCGACAAGGAUCUCCAGAACUGGUCGAGUUUAAUCGGCAUAAUAACCGCCAUCUGCGGCAAUGUCCUCAUUGCUCUGGCUCUCAACGUCCAGCGGUAUGCGCAUAUUCGGUUACACAGACACAAAGUGGCAAUGCGGGAGCGCGCAAGGCAGGCACUGAAGCAUGCCAAUUCUGCGUCGCAAAGCUCUGGACUAGGGGGCUAUGGAGCGGCCGAGACAUCCCACUCGGACGGUGUGCUGAGUGAGAUCAGUGAAGAAACCCGUGAUUCGACCGAGACGGACCCCCUCACGCAUUCGUUCCGGUCCGACGACUCUCGCUGGAGCGGAAGCUCUGACAGUGACGAAGCCAAGGUCCCCUCGACGUAUCUCAAGGACCCUUACUGGUGGUUGGGGCAGGUUCUCAUCACGGUGGGUGAGAUGGGCAACUUUUUGGCCUAUGGCUUUGCGCCGGCGUCUAUUGUCAGCCCGCUCGGCGUGGUUGCUCUUGUUUCGAAUUGUGUGAUAGCGCCCAUCUUUUUCAAGGAGAUAUUCCGCCAACGCGACUUCUGGGGUGUCGUUAUUGCUAUUGGAGGCGCGGUCACGGUGGUCUUGAGUGCAGAUUCGGAGGAGACCAAGAUGGGGCCGCACGAGGUGUGGGAUGCCAUCACCACCAUGGAGUUCAAGAUUUAUAUGGGCGCCAGCUGCAGUCUGAUUGCGCUGUUGAUGUAUCUCAGCCCUCGGUACGGGAAUCGUACCAUUCUUAUCGAUUUGGGCCUGGUUGGUUUGUUUGGAGGCUACACAGCGCUUUCAACCAAGGGUGUAUCCUCGAUGCUCUCAUCAACCCUCCUCGGUGCUUUCACCACUCCAGUCACCUAUGUCCUUCUCUUCGUCCUCCUCUCAACGGCCAUCAUGCAGGUCCGCUUCCUCAACAAGGCCCUCCAGAGAUUCGACUCCACCCAAGUCAUCCCGAUCCAAUUCGUCCUGUUCACGCUCUCCGUCAUCAUCGGCAGUGCUGUCCUCUACCGCGACUUUGAGCGCACUACAAAGGAACGCGCCGCCAAAUUCAUCGGUGGCUGUCUCCUCACCUUUUUCGGCGUCUUCCUCAUCACGAGCGGCCGGCCCCGCCACGACGACGAAGACGAAGCCGCCCUCUCCGACGCCGAAGGCAUAGAAGAAACCAUCGGUCUCUCCAACCAAGAUCCCGGCACUAACUCCCUUGCCCGGACCUCCUCCCGCAGAGGUAGCGACUCGGCAGUUGUAGGACGAUCCAGGCGGUCGUCCCGCGUGAGCUUCACAAACAAACCCUUAGCCGCCCUUUCCAAGCAGAAACCCUCUCUCAUCAACGGGGACGAUUACGAUGAAGACCACGAGGAUGCGCCUUUGUUAGGUCCAUGGAGGGACAGCACGCCCCCUAAUCAUAACCAUUUCCGCCACCCAGGGAUGGGGGCACAUACCAUUUCUUCGGAUUCCGUUCCCUCCGUAAUACCGUCAGCGGCAGUCUCAGAUACAGACCAUAACCCAUUGGUGACUUUGUCUUCAACUCCCCCACCAAUAACCACCAUCCCACCUACCACGCCCAGAAGCCACCCUCAUCCGAGGAUCUUCACCACAGUAGGCGUAACAGCGGGAGGAAACCCAGUUAUUUCCCCCUCUCCCUUCUCCACCACCUUGACAGCAGUGGUGACAGACAAAUUGUUAUCACACCUGGAAGGGUCCCCAACCCAACUCCUCCCAACCCACAAACGAAACCGACCUUCUCUCAGAAACAGCCUUUUUGUCCCGUCAGAAGAGGUCUCAGACACCGAACAGGGUCAGGGCCAGGGUCAACAAACUGUUAGCGCGGGGGUGGAAAGUACUGGUAAUGAAACGGGGUUUAUCAGAAGGCGGGCAAGAAGUUUGAGUCAUACACUAGGGGAGUUCCUGGGUGUUAAUGCUGCCCCGUCUAGAGCGGCUUCUCAGAGUGAAGAGGAUGGGGGGGUUUUGGCUAGAGCGAGGACGUCGGGGGGGGAGGGGAGAAGGGGAUAUAAUAGUGUGGAGACUUUAUAA